GGAAAUUUUAGCCUUAGGUUUUCUUAGCAUUCGCCAAAAUGUGACAGUUCGCCACCAUUUCAAAACAAAAAGGCUGGUUUAACCGCGCGGUACUGGAACUAGUCUUGCGUUUUUCAGCACUGUCCCAUCGGCCCUAUUGGCCAUUCUUACGUUGCGCGGGGAUUGGGUCGAGUUUAUAAGCGAACAGCAUGCUGGGACUGUAUAAGGGGACGCAAUUCAACAUGGCGCCACGAAAAAUACCAAUGUCGAUGUCAUAAUAAUAAUAAUCAUCAUCAUCAUAAUGCAUUUAUUCUAAACACGAUAGGAAUUACAACAUAGCUGAUGUGGUCGUGUAUUACUCACGCGCUAAUGCAUUGAACGAAGCUCAGUGAGUAACUUAGGUUCUUUCAAUGAUACUAAGAGAAAAUAAAUGAGCUGUUCUUAAGACUUGGUAGGAACAAGACUGCCAAUUAGCUAGACAGUCAAUUAAGCACGUUAGUUUGUUAGUCAAGUAAUUAAUAAUUUAUUUUAGGCUUUUAGUUAGUAAGUGAAGAUUACAUAGCUAAUUAGUAUUGAUGUUGUGGAUCAAGUAAAUCUAACUAACAAAGAUAUUCCGGGACAGAAUGAAAUUUGGUACUGUAGCCAGUCAGUGUUAACGACGACAUGACUUGCGUGCAUGAAAAUCUCCCUGAAUGCUGUUCAUAAGAAUGGCCGGUUCGAUGGUCUUGACAAAUAGGCCAUUCCAGCUAUAAGCAUCCGGUUGCUGACAGGCUAGGCUUAGGUACCCGAACGUGCGCUAUUGUCCUUUGAACCAAUCAGAAUCCGGAGCUGCCGUGGAUUUAAAUAACGUUUUCAGUGCAAAUGGCAAAUGGCGAUUGGCAAAGGCUUUAGUUAAAUGUUUUUGUGUUUUUUUAAUUAUAGUAGCUUAAUUAGUACCCAUAGAUAAAUACCUCUUUGUCAUGGAACUGUUAUAAGACAUUCGCUUUUUGCACUGACAACGUUUUUCGUUGUAAUAGGAAAUGGAAAGCCUUGAUUAACAGAAUACAGUUUCAAAGGAUUACCACAUAUUAUAUUCAUAAAGAUAGUAAAAGCCAAUGACGCGGAUUAAACCUGAUAGACUUAAGGUUUGCGGUUUUGAAAAAAAAAAGUAAUGAUGCAUCAACUAAAACUUACUCUUAAUUCUGCCUUUGAAUGGUCAACUUAAAGCUAUUUGUGACUGUUUUCGUAGUCUCAUUGGCGUCGUUUAUAAGUUCAUAUUAUCCUUUUGCUGAUAGCAAUGACCUAAAUGGCAAUGCCAAGUCAAUAUGGCGCUUAGCGAGAUUAACACUGUCGACAGAUAAGUUCAUUUGCGGGUUUUGUUUCUUGCCGUUGCCACGAGACGCGCAAGGUUAUGUGGGAAAGUUUCAUUUUGUGGCCGCUGCGUAAUCAAUUUAACUCCCCCGUUAUACAUUGCGAUUUUCUCGAGCAUUAGCUAUGUAUCUUAUCAGUAAAAUAUAUCUGACGUUGGAACAAAUAUUGAAAUCAAAUGUAUUUCCGAGGUUGGCCUUAACUAUUGAUUGACCUAGAACAAGUGGCCUCCUAAAAAGAUAUCAGCAUGAGUUUCUGGGAGCCGGGGAUAAUUUCUGCUAGGUCACUUUAAAUAGAGCGCGUAGUCUCGAUUUUCAGUGUUUUUUUUCUUCGAUUGUGCAAUAAGACCUAGCGAUGGCUGGAAAUAGUCAAGCAAGUGCUUACAAAAUUUGAUUUUGCCAUUUUGCCUUGGCAAUAGACCGAUUACUAAAUCAAAACUGCACAAUUUUCAACGAUUUCAUUUUUUGCAUUCCUUUUGAUAACCCACGGAUGACGUCACAGCAUAUACACUAUUAAACCCUUGUAACUGUUUUAUUAGCCGUCAUGGAUAAAAGAUUGGAAGUAAAAUCAGAAACGUUAGCAUCUCGAUUCAGAAGCUGGAAAUACCAGCUUCAGAACCGAUUGAGAAGAAAACUUUAUUUGCGACAAACUGAAAAAGGACAGCAAGAAUAUUGUUAGAAAGUACAUUCAUGAGGCGGGGUUUCAAUGUCUAUGAAUAGAUUUACACCAGUGAGGUUAGCAGAAAAUACCCCUAGGUUUCCGAAUGCUUUUGAGAUAUUUUAGGGGGGGGGCAUAUUUCUAAAUUCAAAAUCUAAUCAUUACGGUAGAUAAGCUACGACUCUCGGGCAGCCUGUGCCAAACGUAUUCGGCUCUGAGCAUCCACCAGUUGACAGUUUCGAGUGGGAAAAGAAAAAGUCGGCAUAACAUCUGUAAGUUAUUCCCAUAUCAGUGUUAGUCUCCUGAAAAGCUCUUUUUCGAUUCUUAAUAUCCCGUGCUAGAUUGAUGCAUUUCUAAUAUUUAAGCAAAUAUCCCAUUUCCAGACUUUUUUGCAUUGUUUUAUGCACUAGUCAUUUGAAACCCCACCCCCAUGGUCCCGGGGAAGGGUGGGGUUAAGGUGGGGGUUUAAAGAAAACAAGAAUCUGUCACGUGGGGAUAAGACUUGUCCCCACCAUGGGGGCUUGGGGACAAAUAAAUAACAUCACAAAUUUUCUUUGCAAAAGUCAUGUCAGUUCCUGGUUUGAGACUCUUUUUCUUCUGUAGCAAGCAAUUCCAUGUAUCAGCGUGUGGCAAGCUGCAUGGCGAAAUGUGCAAAACCAAAUAUUCGCAGAAGUGUACUGGCUUUGAAAUAGAAAAGGCUUUUUUCAGAUGACUUGUUGUCAGGUACUGUAGUUGCCUAUAGUUUGCAUCCUGAUGGGUAUUGGCAUUUGACUGCAGUUUUGUCCCAAGGGGUGGGGGCUUUUCUCUGUUUUAUACAGCGUCUAAGUCUAAUCCUCCACCCUUCCCCGGACCAUAGGGUUAAGGGUUUCAAUUAACAAGUGCAUUAUGUAGUCCCUGAUGUCUGAUGAGUUUACAAAUUGUGGCUUGUCUAUAUACUUCAUAAUGUCGAUAAGAAAUAAGGUGUACUUUGAGCACGGUUAACACUUAAUCAAGAGGAGUAGGGUCCGGGCAACUGGAUAUGCUGGUGUUUUUUUUACUCAACUCGAUGCAUCUAAUUUAUAACCACUCCAGUUUUUAAUAUGUAUUAGUUGGGGGUUGGGGGGGGGGGGGGGGGGUAUACGUGUCCCUACCCAAAUCUCCCAACCUAUAAUAUAAACAUCAAUUUUAUAGAUCCCAUCGCAGAAAAAAAAUGUGUUGUCCCUUAUAGAUGUGAACUAGCCGUCUCAUUCCACAUUCAAUAUUCAUAUCAGUAGUUGUUUUCAAAACGAGGGGGAAGAGGUGAUCAAGACUAAAGUUCAAAACAUAGAGGACUUUUACAACACCCUUUUUUCAAGAGUUCAACUCCCCCCUCCCCCCUUCCCCCUCCCAGUAAAAAGUCAAUAGUUAAGAUAAGAUAAGGGGUAUGCGUGUAAUCAACACAUAAACAAGGGCAAGGGAGGGGCUGAUCAAGUUCAAUCUAAACAAAGUUUGAACACACUCUUUCAAGAGUCCAAUUGUCCUUCUUGUCACCCACAACUCUCUAACUAUGCAUUUCUCCAUUUUUACAUAAUCAUGAUAGGAUUAAACCUAUCUCUUCGCUUGAUGUCACUAAGAUUAACUGACUGUAUAUAACAUUAAUGUUAUCAUCCACUGAUGACUGUUACUACGUUGAGUCUAAAAUUAGAAACUCACAGGCCUAGGCCUCGAAUAGAUAAUUCACUGGGGAGCUCAUCAGCUUCAUCUCCUCGGCCUCUAGAUGAUUCCCCGCCAUGUUUAAAACUUGUUUCGAAAAAUGUAUACUAGAUAUUAACAGCUAGAAUUUGAAAUAACAGUUAAGCAAAUCAAAUUAAAAUUUUCCUAUAACUUGAUAGUAGUUUCUUGAUAAUUUUUUUAUCUAAUAUUUGGUAUUAACGAGUUUGUUCGGGUAAAACGUUCAACUCAGUAAAACGUUCAAUUCAGUAAAACGUGACCGCUCUCUUCGCUGCUAAUCGGUUUUAUUUAUUUGCAUUUGACUAACUUAGCUCUUGUUGUCAAGACAGUAUAAUUAUACUAAUUUUCAUUCGCUCAAAUAGUUGUGUUUACACACAAACGUUAAUACAGACUUUACUAUGUUAAUACAGACGUUACUAUAAAUGUCUCAUAGACUUUUUUGCUGUGUACACUAUUUAUACCCUUAAGUUAAGUUUUAAAGAGAGCAGAAACAUAUAUCUACAAUAUAAAAGCAUAAUAACUAUGCCAAGAAAGUUUCCUUGCCUUUAAAGUGCUUUUUAAUUACUCUUCAGCCUAUCGUUAAGUUCUUGCUGACAGUAUAAUAAUACUUAUAUUAUUAAGCUUAAAUCAGGUUGGUGUACUUUAUCCCAUCCUUAUUCAGUUUCUCUAAUGCAUGGUUGUGUUUACAUUGCAACAUGUGAUGAUUAUGUAAUUUUAAUUUUUAAUGUAGACUUUUCUAUGAAGUCUCAUAGACUUCAUUGCCUUAUAGCCCCCCCCCCCCCCCCCCCCCCCUUAUACACUAUAUAUAUACCCUUAAGAAAAGUUUUAAAGAGAGCAAGGACAAAUAAUAUAAAAGCAUAAAAACUAUAUUAGUGAAGCUCCCUUGCCUAUAAUUAAAGUGCUUUUUAAUUAAUCUUCAGUCUAGGGAAUAAAAAAAAUCAGCCUAAACAUGGUAGUACUGUUUAAUUAGCACAGGAUGAUAUACUAUUUCUUUUGGGCCGGAUAUUCUACACACAAUACCGAUGUUAAACUAUUAAAGGAUUAAUUCCAAAAUGGCUUAUUGGAUUUUCCUUUUUAAAGCACUUUACACGAUUAAAAACUCUGGUUGGUCUUUGUAUUUAAAUAUUCACACUGCUUUUAAAUUUGCUUGCUGAGAAACGCCAUGUUUUUUAUGCUCUUUUAGUCGCCGCGAAGUCACCGAGAUUCGGUCUUCAAAGGCGUAUUGCACAGCGCAUCAAUGAAUUUUAAAUUGCUGAUUGAUCAUCUUCAUAUUCAAGAUUAUUGUCCUAUCAGAAUGAUCGUAUGUAACGUGCAAGGACUCUACGCUAGUCUCAUUAUCUAUACCUCAAUCUACAGCCUACACUUGUGACGUCUCGGAUAUGUUUUUCGUUGUGUGAGGAAGUUCAUUCCGAAUAAAGACCAAUUUUGCACCACAGAAAGGAGAGAUUGUUUGGACUUUACAGCUAUUAUAAUGAUGGCAGGAGAACUCAAGCUUUACUGAACCAGGUCUUGGACGAGUCACAGCUACAACUUCCACGCGACAUCAGUAUCGCUACCAGUACGCUUACACCAGACAUCGCAAGGCGCUUGAAACAUUCACAGGAAAAGAAGGGGAAGAAGAGGGAAAAAAGAGGAGGUGAAAACAGGUGAAUCGGGGGCUUACUCCGUACCUACGUGAGUCCUUAUAUACCUAUUGUAUCCCCAUCCUGAAAGUAACGUGCAGAUUGGACAAGUAGGCUGAACAAUUGUUCCAUGGUAAGUGACUCUUCUCGGAGAAUUGACAGAGAAAAGUGAAGCUCAAAACGUGAACGAUUACGAGGAAGAUUCACAAAUAGGAAGAGAAAAUGAAUAACACAAAUUCGAGUAUACCGAGUAUGCUACCGCCUGCCUACCAGCCCGCUCCAUUACCAUUCCUAGUAUGUUGGUCAGUGAUGGGACUGGCUUCCACUGUUUUGAACGUGGUCGUGUGCUGUAUCGUGUUCUGUAACGCGAGAAUGUUGACGAUAACUAACGCGUUUGUGGUCAGCCUUUCUGUAUCGGAUCUCCUUGCCGCUGCUGUGCUGGUGCCUAUCUACAUCGCCGAGGAAUACACCCUCACAAAGGUCCCCAUCAGUGGUUACGUGAUUGCCGUCUUACUUCUGGCGUCUAUUUUCAAUCUCUGCGCCGUGACUUACGAAAGAUUCGUUGCGCUCACUAAACCAUUUGGCUACCGUGUGAUCAUGAACAAGCGAAAAGUCUCAAUCAUCAUAUUCGCUUCUUGGUUUAUUCCAGUUCUUAUUUCCCUUCUUCCACUGGCAUGGCACGCAGAUCCUAGUUCUCCUUACCACAAGGCUUACAUGAUAAUCACCUUAAUCCUCUUUGUGCUCUUACCCUGCGUGGCAAUGAUCUGGGUCUACGCGCGUUUGCUGAAAAUCAUCCGGAACUUCAUUCAGAGGAACAGACGUCGAACAAGCUCAGGGAACAAGACCGGUGAGCGAGCUGGAACUGAAGAGAAAGCAGCGCGAGUGUUUGCCAUCAUCUUAGCCAUGUUUCUGCUCUGCUGGCUGCCUCUGAUUUAUAUCAACGCCUGCACAGCGUUUCAACUAGAACACUUGAUCACCCAGACACUACUCUACGUCUCAUUCUUUACUCUUCUACUGAAUACCAUCAUGGAUCCGCUCAUCUUCGCGUUCCUCAAACGGGAUUUUAAGGAAUCCAUUUUUAAGAGCGAUAGGCGCCCUGCUGGUAUGAUGACAUCUAUGGUUUCUAGGAGAAGUGAGCAGGAGGAGUUAUCUCCGACAUGUAUGAACGGCGAGUAGAUGGAGUUCCAAGAGGGCUUACAUACGAAAGUACGAAACUAUCUGGAAAAAUUUCAAUCUUUACAGCAGUCUUUCCACGGCUAGUGAGAGUUGACUGGAUAACCAUAUGCAACAUUACAACUGACAGUGUUUUAGCCCCCCCCCCCCCCCCCCCGUUACUGAAACAGGUAGAACAUUUGUUAGUAUAAGCAGACAUUUUUCAAAAUACGGACAUAAUCACCUAGAGGUUUUACCUUACAAGAGAGUUGGCAUUUCUUGGAAGAGAAAAAGGAAUCUUAUAUCUUGGCUGAUCUAGCUGCUGCCACGGAACAGCAAAAAAAAACAUAUAAACACUACACAUGAAUAUGAAUUCUUCAGUACUUGAUGAUUGGGCUAGGGGACAACGAUGAUGUACUCUUGGUAAAACAGCCAUUUGCUCUGAUUUUGGCUACAAAGUACGUCAAGAUCUAAUUGAAGUCGGCCUUUAAUCCAGCACUGCGUUCGAAACCAACCUAUACUGUAAUGGUGAGGAGACUUCUUGAAUGACAAGAUCACACGAAUCUAAUUAGAUAGCAUAUUGUUUUUGAAAAGGUAAAGUAUUCGAAAAUUCAAAUAGAAGCUCGAAGGUUCUGAAAAUGUAAUAAUAUAUUUAGGACGAUAAAUAAAUAGGAUAAGCGGAAGAAAAUUUCUGUCCUGAGAUUCCAACUGCCAUUAAAAUUCAUUAAACCAAGAAAAAAAAACAAUUGAUAACCUUAGGUAAUAAGGCACGAACCAGAAGUAUAGUUUUUUUUUUAUCAAAGCAAUAGGUAAUGAUAUAAAUCUUUAUCUUUUAGGGAUGCAAAUCUUCUCUUGUAUACGUUUUUAAGGACAAAGGAUUUAAAAAGCAAAGAUCCUAGAAAUAUGAAUGAUAAUUGAAAAAUUCACCUUAUAAAACUCUGGAAAUUUGUAAGAACAAAAUCAUUCAAUUUGACCUGGGAUAUAUUAUUUUCUUGCCAAAAGAUACGUAAACAUUACCAGUGGUUCGUAAAAAGGAGGAGCCGAUGCUAUGAUAGACGGAAAAAACAUUUCCUUGCGAGGGUAAAAUACGAUCAGCUUGAGGGUCAAAAUGAAAUGAAAAUAAACACAAAUUUCGUGUCUCGGCAUGGUUAGCAAGAAAUAUUAAACAAAAAUAGGAAGUUGAAAAUUGAAGGUGGGCUUGAAUAUAGUACUGUCCGACAUAGGGGGUCUUAUGGCCUUAUUAUUUAGUGCAAAACACUUUGCAGGAAAAUCAAUUAGAUAGAAAGAUAGUGCCAUCAUUUAGCAAAACAGCUACAAUAAUUCCGAACCGGAUAAUAAUUUUUUUGAAUGUCUCGGGUUGACGAUUUUUCUUAGAAGGUAAUAGUUAAUCGGUUCCAAUUAGAUGGUGCUAAUUAGAUGCUUUUAAAACACUUGUAAAUUAGAACAAUAAGAUAUAAUAUAAAGGAUUGACGAAAAUGAUGGAAGAAACAAAAUUCACACGUUUUUUAUAUUCAAUAAUAACUUGAAUAAAUGAAAAAGUGUUGAAGUACAAUUAGGAGACGGGAUGAAGAAAUUAUCUGAACAAACACGUAUUAUAAGCCGCGAAAGAGACACAAAUAAAUCCCCGAAGUCAUUCACAAGAAACAGGAAGUUCAAAACUGCCAUUUAAUAACUACGAAUAGACUCCACACUCCAGGCAAAGCCUUGACAAGUUUUUCUAAGACGUCCUAUAUUAAUCAAAAGUGCGAAGUCAUUAUCGAUUGCUCAGGGUACUCAGAAGUUUAAGUGAGAUGUCAGAUAAUGUGAGUGACAGUUUCUUCCAUUGAUAAUGUAUACUCCCUAAACCAAAGGAUACAUUGAGAUUCUUCUCUAUUAUGAGAUGAUAAUAAAGGUCUCAAGGAUUUCCGUACUCGUUGAUAGAUUCAGAUGCACAAGGAAUACGGGAAGUCUAAACAUUUUUACAUCGGCAGAUAGGUGGAGGAAUCUCAUUGGUCAAUUAAAACAAACUGAAUAUGAAAGGCGAAUUUAUGGGAGAUAAACAUGAUAUAUUAUGGUUGAACUUACUCCUGGAAAAUAAAAAAUACAUGCAGUUACAUUCAACUUAAUUGGUUAGUGUUUGGCUUGGGAAUUCUCAAGGUUCUUAUGUAUGAGUCUAUCUGCGAGCUAUUCAUGGAUGAUAUAACCGUAUUAGCGGAAACCUUGUAAAGUGCAAAGAGAGAGUUUUUCAGCAUGGUGUCCCCCACAGUGCCUUGUCUUGGCCCUUUAUACUUUACGUUUUGAUCUUAACACCAUUUAGUUUUUUACUUCUCAAAAUAAUAUAAGUGUUUAUCGCGUUUUAAAAUCUUAACUUAUAACUCGAAUCAGCGAUAAGUGCAGGGGCGUGCCUAGCCAAAAACGCAGGCUGGGGUCCAGAGUAGUAAAUCACUGACCACGGACCAAUUAAGUUCAAAUCGGCAUCCUUAAAGCUCUGGUAAUAGGUCACUAGAUCUAUCUAGAAACGUUUUCUAUGCCAAUACAAACAUAAAAUUAACCCUCUUUACUACCAAUGAAGAGGUCGACCGGAAUCAAACUCAUCUCGUCACGUGAUCAGGGUGGAGUCCGGACCAAUCGGCUUCCCCUUCUGGACAUGUGCCGGUCUUCCUGUAAAGUUCGAGUUGGAUCUAGUGUAUACUGUUCAACAUAUGCCCAGAAUAAACUUGCGUUUAACUCCCGUA